GGUGCUGCGCCGACGUCCCCGGCGCGCCCGUGGGCGCGCCGGGGACAUCGGCGCAGCAUCGGCCCCCGGGAAGGGGGGCAGUGCCCGUCGGUGCCUCCUCUCCCUGCCCCCGGGAAGGAGGAAGCGUCUCCAGGCACUUUCAGUCAUCACUCGGCUGCGUGGUUCCCCGCUGGCACCAUCCCCACGCGGGGUGUAGGGGUACUGGCUCUGGAUAUGGCUGGGCAGAGAAGAGGGAUGUCCCUGCCCUUGCUGUUGAGUUUUGCGGUGCUGGAUGUCACGCUGGGGACCACCACCACAGAUGUGACAGUUACCAGGUCCCCGACUUUCCCUACUUCCUCAACACCCAGAAAGACCAUGACACUGCUGCCCACCAGCACAACCCCUCUCCCUCCCUCCAGCCCUGAAACCUCCACCCCAGAGGUACUGUCAGACGCCUUCACUGCCAGUGCUGCAACGCCUCAGGGCAGCAGCCCGGCAGCCUCCAGCAUUCCUGCACCACAGGCAAGGGGCAGCACAGCCCACAGCACUCCUGGGUUGCCUGUCGACACCACGGUGCACCCUGACCCCCCCUCAGAAGUGCUGGGACUCACCAGUGGCACCCCAGAUCCAACCCUCAUGGCCACAACGCCCAACUGUGAUGAGCCGACCAUCAUUACGUCUGUGGGGAACAGCACGGCCCUGGCUGUCAGCUCGUUUGGAGUCAAGACGAGCACGCUGCCUCCCCCCACCUCUACUCUUCUCCCCUCCACCUGGGUAGGCACCACACUUGGCACCAGCACCCACCAAGGGCCAGCUAUGACCACACCGCUAGGCAGCACAUCCCCAGGGACCGGCAGUGCCUCUUCUCCCAUUGCACCAGCACCGACAGCUGCUUCAGAUGAGCCCUUGACAACAUCGGACACCAUGGCCACCCCCAUUAGCAGCACGGGGAUCCCCAGGAGCACCCCCAUCCCCAGCCAGCUGGCUGGGACCACUCCCCCGACAACACCUGAGACCCCCGGUGCCACCGCGGGGACCACCGCCACAGAUGUGACAGCAACCAUGUCCUCGACCUUCCCUACCUCCCUGAUGCCUAUGGAGACCUCAGCGCUGCUGCCCACCACCAACUCCACCACCACAGGCACCCUCCCUCCCUCCAGCCCUGAAACGGGAGCCUCCACCCUGGAGAGGUCCAGCACAUCCUCGGGGAUCAGCAGCACCUCACCUCCCUCUGCAGCAGCAUCGACAGCCGCUUCGGCUGAGUCCUUGACAACCCUGGCAGACACCCCAGACACCCCUGUUAUCAGCACGGGAGUCCCUGGGAGCAGCCCCGCUCCCAGCCAGUCAGCCAGGACCACGUCUAGAAUCACCCCUGGCAUGUCCACCAUGACCAUGGGGCUGACACCAAGCACCCCGACAAUAUCUGGGACUGACAGCACCCCUGCAGACCUGCCAACGAUGCUGCCUGUCUGCCCCACCUCCAUGCCCAACACCAGUGCAUCUUACCUCUUCCUGUCGCUGCGGCUAACAGUCUCCCUGGACCUGGGGAACGCCACGGUGAAGGAGCUGCUGUUGUCCCAGCUCCGCAGGUACCUGCAGACGGCGUUCCCGUGCGCUGGCCUGGAGGUGGGGUGGCGAGGGCACAGGAGUACCUGACAGCUGCUCCUCGCCUGGCCAGCACCCGCAUGGACUUCCAUUCCCUUCCGCUCCCAGCUCCUUACUCCAUGGAAGUGCAGCCUGUUGGGGUAACCUGUACAGCUCUCCUUGAACCUGGGGCUCCCCGUCCUUAACUGUGCACCCUUAGAUGAUCCCCAGUGCCCUCCGUGGGCUGGGGUGCCCUUGCCCCUUCCCACAGCCUGUCUGUAGAGCCUGAGUCAUCCCACCAUCCUACACCAGACCUAGCUCCCACAGUGGGACCCCCCCCAGUGCUGCUGGGGGGCUGGGAGGAGGGGACCCUGAAAGGACUGGGCCACAAAAGCCACCCUGGGGACUGAUGGAUGAGAGAAAGGAGACCUGGAGCCCCCAGUAAUGUUGUGCCCAGGACACUCCGUGUCAGCGCUGGUGACAGCUGAAGUUUGCAACCCAGGGAGGCUGCAGUGCCCAAGGUCUUCAAGAGAUGCUCCAUGGCUGCUUCACCUCCAGAGUGGGCCAAGAUGGAGCCUGGGGUGGCUCUGGUUAGGAGCAGGAGAGGAAAAGAGCUCCCCUCUCCUGCCUGAGCCCCAUCCCAGGCUGAGCUCCUGAGCCCUGCAGCGCAGAGGGCGAGUGAAGACAGAGCCCUGCACACCAGCUCUCCCCGGCUCACCUGCAGUAUUGCUGACAGAGGAGCACAUUCCUGCCAACAUGGGCUGGGCAGCAGAGGGAAAUCCCACAUUUUCCGUGGCAAAGAUGACUUCUUUUUUCUCCUA